AAAUGCAAUUCUCCAUCAUCACCAUCGCGGCCUUCUUCGCUGCUACUGCCAACGCAACCGUCUAUCUCGGUCUCCGCACCGGUGUCGACGGCAGCAAGUCUCAGGUUGCCUGGACCAACGGAACCCCCGACAUCUGCAGUGGAUUCAGCACCAUUGUCAACAGCGACAGCAACCCCUGCGGCAGAGACUUCUACGUUGACGGCAACAACGGGCCCUUCCGCUUCGAGGGAUGCGGUGGAAAUGGUCUGACCCUGUUCCGCAAUGGCCAAUUCAACAGCAACUGCAAGUAUGAUGCGAAGACCAUCUCUUGCUCUGGUGGUGUCAAGAUUGCCCAGGGAUGGAACUGUGCUUAGUUGAUCUGUUAUUAUGAAGUCAUUGAUGUGUAAAGAAGUAGUGAGAGAUGUCAGGAAUCGAGUUAUACUAUUGAGAUUACAUGACCUCGUAGCUAUCUGAUACCUACCAUGCUAAUUCUGGUCGUGCCAUACAACUGGCAGCUUCAAGUUUCGAACAAAACUGUUCCUCUUCGCUUAGUUUACUUGUCGCCAUUUCUCCAACCACUUUGGGAAUAAUAGGCCAGAUUUCUCGUCCUCCUUGUUUCUCUUCUUUCUUCCUGUGUUCCAUAACCUGACUGCGGACGGUAUUUUGGAAAUGAAU